AUGGCCACCUCCAACCCGCAAGCGCAAGCUCAAGCUCAAGCCCCGCUCGUCUCUGCCUUCUCUGCCGAGGGCGACGAAUUUACCACCGAAGGCAUCCGCCUCUGCCGCGCCUUUUGGGACCACUUCUGGUCUCCUGGGCAUAACCACUUCGUCACCGCCAAGGCUAGCAGCGAGACGGUCGGCGACUGGAACGGCUACACCCUCUGGCCGUUCGUGAUCGGCAUCGAGGCGCUACUCGAGGGGGAGGCCGCGGCGCCAGGACGCUUCACCGCUGAGAUACACACAGCGCUAGAGGCGUGCGAGAAGUAUAAAUCCACGGCGAGAAGCGGGGCGUACACUGCUUGGGUGUAUUUCGAGGGGAACGAUGACGUUUACUACGACGACGAUGCGCAACUCGCCAUCGCACUGCUCCGCGCUUACGAGCUCCCCUCCACGCGGAAGCGGGAAUACCUCACUCGGGCCGCCACGAUAGUGACGUUCCUGCAGACCGGCUGGGAUGCGGCGCGCGGCGGCAUGCGCUGGCACGUCGCCAAACCGGAUGCACGGAACGCCUGCACCACGAACCUCUCCGCCAUCGCUGCAAUAAAGCUCGUGAAGGCGGGCGGGGGUGGUCUAAACACCGAGACACUCCUCGCGUACGCCAGAAAGUGUGUCGACUGGACGGUCAAUACGCUGAGUCUCGAAAGCGGGCUGAUCAAGGACGGCGCUGGCGGCGGGCCCACGUGGACUUACAACACCGGCACGGUGCUCUAUGCGAUCUGCCAGCUGCGUGCGUUUGGGGACGACAGGAGUCAGCAGGCACUCGUGCUCGCCGAGGCGGCGUGCGAUCGCCAAAAGAGCCUGUUCGAUCAGACCACGCCCAAGGCGAGGUUGGAGGUGCGGUAUUGGUGGGAUUCGACGUUCUUUGUGCAUCUGCUCAUGGAGGGGCUCGUCGAAUUUGUGGAGGUUUUUGGAUCCCAGUUUCCCGAGACCGCGGCGAAGGCGAGGGAGGAGGUGAAGCGCCACACCAGGUACAUGGUCCAGUACCUAAAGGGCAAGGAUGGGUUGUACGUGCGGAACUUGAGGCUGUAUGUCAUCUCGAUGGAGCAUGUGAAGAUGUUCCAUACGAUGACCGGGGAUACAAACAGACAGGCCGCACUGGAUGAGAGUGAAAGGUGGAAAGAUGCGGAGAGUCUCAAGCUGCCGGUGGCGCAGAGGGGGGUCGCUAAGACGCUGCUCGGGAACGGUGGCAUGGCGAGAUGUUUGUUGAUUGCCGGGAGGAUCUCAUAG